AUGGAUCAACAUCCAAACCAUCUUAACUACCUUGAUGAUCACUGGUUUCGCUACUUUGAUGAUGAUCACUGGUUUCGCUACUUUGUUCAAGAUGAUACACACUCAACGCACAGAAAUGAUGAUACAUGCGACCUCCAGCAGUUUUUCAACCUGCUCGAUAUGAACCGAGUUUCGCCACUUAAACAAAAUCACUUUUCUGAAUUAGGGUAUCCAUAUUUCGAUCCCAUUGAUGAAUAUCUAAACUUGUGGGACUGUUGGGACAACUGUGACUUGCCAAUGCUUACUUGCAUUGAUGAUCAUAGUGGUACAUCAUGUGGUGGAACAACUGCUGCUGAUCAAGGUGGCAGAAAUGGGAGGUGGAGAUCAAGACCGCUAGAGUUGGAAGAAAUAGAGAAGCAUUUUGAGUUGCCGAUAGCUGUGGCAGCCGAGAAACUGGGGGUGGGGUUAACUAUGCUGAAGAAAAGAUGCCGAGAGUUUAACAUAAAGAGAUGGCCUCACAGAAAACUUAAGAGUAUUAAAUCGCUUAUUCAAAAUGUGAAGGAAAUGGGAUUAAAUGAGGAAAUGGAGAUGUUAGAAGAGCAGAAGAGGAUGAUUAUGAAGGUGCCAGAAAUGGAACUCCCACAAAGGACAAAGAAGCUAAGGCAAGCUUGCUUCAAGGCUAGCUACAAGAAGAGAAGAUUUGAUUCCCCUUAUUAA